UAUCAUUUCGGUCAUUUCAAAGUGUUUCGUUAGUCAUCGAUUAUGCUUAUAAAACCGAAAAUUAACUGAAUAAUUGCCAUAGUUCAUUGUUGUAUCUUGGCAUCAAUAUCGUCUCUGGAUACAACGUUGAGUAGAAUGAGGGUGAUUGGCAUUCAAAGUGUUUUGCUGCUUCUUGUGAUUUUGUUAGUUGCUGUCAAGGAGUCAGAAGGAUGGUGGGGAGGAGGCAGUCGUAGCAGCAGCAGCAGCAGCAGUAGCAGGAGGAGCACAUGGCAAAAAGCAAAAGAUUACGUUUCAGGAGUGAAGAACGGAGCGAAAGCUAUGCGCAAGGCUUACAAUGAUAUGAGAGAAGCCAAUUGGAAAAAUUCGGACAAAUACUUCCACGCAAGGGGAAAUGCAGAUGCAGCUAAGUAUGGAACUGGCGGGAGACAUGCAGCAAGGGUCAUCAGUGAUGCUCGUGAAGCUUACGGAUUUUUGAAGGGUGACAGCUCCGCGGACAGAGCAGCUGAUCAAAAAGCCAAUGAGCAUGGACGUAACGGAGGAGAUCCGAAUAAAUAUCGCCCCAAAGGACUGCCAAAAAAGUACAAGAAAUAAAACAUCUAAAAAGACGUUGUAACUUUCCACUCACAAUAUAUAAACUGCUUACUUGUAUAUUUUGACUGUGCGCCAUAUUUUGCAAACUCUGUAUUACAUCUAUUCUCUGUCUAUAUGCUCUACCUACAAUAAAAGCGUUUUUUU